AUGCCCCGUCCUACAUUUACCACCAGGCUCUCGCUUCCGCACCGCCUCAAGCGCCCGACCAGCUGCGUCAACUCGUCCUCGACCCCAAACACGCAACCUCCAGCCUCCUCCGUGCCUGCCUCGCGCAACAGCAGCCCCCGCACCCGCCCAAUGCCCGAGCAGCCCGCCCCAGCUGGCCUGGUGUUGAGGGUCAACGUCAUCAAGGGCAGAGACCUGGCUGCAAAGGACCGCAGCGGCACCUCUGAUCCCUACCUCGUCCUCACCCUCGGCGACGCCAAAGUCACCACCCCCGCCAUCAACAAACAACUCAAUCCAGAAUGGAACGAGACGCUCGAGCUGCCCAUUGUCGGCGAGCAGAGUCUCCUGCUCGAGGUUGUCUGCUGGGAUAAAGACCGCUUCGGCAAGGAUUACAUGGGCGAGUUUGACGUCAUACUCGAGGAUCACUUCCAGAACGGCCUCACCCAGCAGGAGCCCCAAUGGUUUCCCCUCGAGGCCCGCCGCUCCGGCAAGAAGAAGUCGGUCGUCUCGGGCGAGAUCCAGAUGCAAUUCACCCUUAUUGACCCCCACAACCUCGCCGCCAGCCCAGAACAAACACUGCAAAAGUUCUUUGCCAUUGCAGGUCAGGCGCCCAGCCCCGACGAGGAUGACGAAGACCUCGGCGGCAACAGCAACAGCAACAGCACCGACGCCGAGGAAGACGACGACUCGAGCUCAGACGAGGCCCAGGAUGAGUCCAAGAAAGCUGAGAAGAGGGAGAAGCGGCGCAAGAAGCUCAAGCUUGCGCGCUUGAAGCGAAAGGUCAAGGGCCAGACUGGCUACGCCUACUCGAGCAGCGGCGAUGUGGCUGGUGUUCUUUUCCUUGAAAUCCAGCGAUGUUCCGAUCUGCCACCGGAGCGCAAUGUGACACGAACCACAUUCGAUAUGGAUCCCUUUGUCAUCACAUCGCUCGGAAAGAAGACAUACCGCACCAAAACGAUCAGACACGACCUCAACCCCGUAUUCGACGAAAAACUCGUCUUCCAAGUCAUGCGCCACGAGACCAAUUACUCGGUCAGCUUUACCGUCAUGGAUAAGGAUAAGUUCUCAGGCAACGACUACGUCGGUAUGGUGAACUUUCCGCUCGAGAAGGCGAUUUCCACAGCUCCCCAAGAGGAUCCAGAGACAGGUCUCUACAAGCUCCCCGAACCGUCAGAUUCGCCCGGCGUCUCUCCCGAUGGCGGGUCAAAAAAGUCGCGCUUUCGCAUCCCAAUGUCCCGCUCUGGGUCUAAUCACAGCCUUUCUCGUUUGGGUCGGCCAUCACUUAAGAAAGAGUCGUCGACUGGCUCGCUUUCCGUACAAGAUGUAAGCGGAACUCAGCCUCCAUCACCAGGGGCUCCGCCCAGUGCCCUUACCGACUCCAACGGUAACCUUACCCCGGGCAGCACGCUCAACCUCCAACCAUCGGCUGUGGACGAUGAGGACCUGAAAAUGUACACUCUUCCCCUGGAAUUGAAGCACCAGGAGCGCUGGGAGAACAAGCACAGCCCAACACUUUACAUUCGCGCCAAAUAUCUCCCUUACAAGGCUCUUCGGCAACAGUUUUGGAGAGCCAUGCUCAAGCAGUACGAUGCUGAUGAGAGCGGUUUACUCGAUAAGGUCGAGCUCACCACGAUGCUCGAUACACUUGGCUCUACGCUACAUGAAGCAACCAUUGACAGCUUCUUUGAGCGAUUUGCGUAUCGCCACAACGGAGAACACCUCCUUACGUUUGAUGAGGCUGUAAUCUGUCUUGAGGACCAGCUGCAAGCCACCGAAGCAAGGAACGCCAAGGGGGACGGAUCUUUUGCAUCGGGCUCACAGACACCAAUGACCUCUGGAAUGCUCACUCCGAUCAACCAGAGCAGCUCUACCACUUCCAUUCCAGUCUUGGAGACCAAUACCCUGGGCAAGGAAGGCGAAGAAGGAGCUGAUAUUCAGAUUGACGACUUGGCGGAUGACAAGGGCGAGGAGCAUGUCAUUGAGAUUCGCGAAUGUCCCAUCUGCCACCAGCCGAAGCUCAAUAAGCGAUCAGACGCCAAUAUCAUUACUCACAUUGCUACAUGUGCAAGUCAGGAUUGGAGACAGGUUAACAACAUUGUCAUGGCUGGCUUUGUUACAUCAAGCCAGGCUCAGCGCAAGUGGUACUCCAAGGUCAUCACCAAGAUCUCGUACGGUGGCUACAAGCUGGGUGCAAACUCGGCCAAUAUCCUUGUUCAGGAUCGUCUUACGGGCCAGAUCAAUGAAGAGCGCAUGAGUGUCUAUGUCCGCCUUGGUAUUCGUUUGCUUUACAAGGGUCUGAAGGCGAACAACAUGGAAAAGAAGCGAAUCCGCAAGCUUCUCAAGUCUCUCAGCUUCAAGCAGGGUCGAAAAUACGACGACCCUGCAUCUGCCUCUGAGAUUAUCCCCUUCAUCAACUUCCAUCAACUCGACAUGUCAGAGGUCCUGUUGCCCACGGACCAGUUCAAGAACUUUAACGAGUUCUUCUACCGCGCACUGAAGCCAGGUGCGCGCCCAUGCUCUGCACCCGACGACCCAAGGGUAAUUGUGUCACCUUCCGACUGCCGAUCCGUUGUUUUCAAUACCAUCGACUCAGCACAGGCCAUCUGGGUCAAGGGUCGUGACUUUACCAUCGAGCGCCUGCUUGGCGACGCUUACCCGCAAGACGUAAAGCGCUACCAUGGAGGAUCACUCGGCAUCUUCCGACUGGCACCGCAAGACUACCAUCGUUUCCACAUCCCUGUCGAUGGUGUCCUGGACGAACCAAAGACGAUUGAAGGUGAAUACUACACUGUAAACCCAAUGGCUAUUCGCUCAGCGUUGGAUGUGUACGGUGAAAAUGUCCGAGUCGUUGUUCCCAUUGACUCUGUCGCACAUGGCCGUGUCAUGGUUAUUUGUGUAGGCGCCAUGAUGGUCGGUAGUACGGUUAUCACGCGCAAGAAGGGUGAGCAAGUCAAGCGUGCUGAAGAACUCGGCUACUUCAAGUUUGGUGGCAGCACCCUGUUGCUCCUUUUCGAGCCCGGCCAAAUGCGCUACGAUGAGGAUCUUGUGGAAAACUCCAACUCUGCCCUUGAGACUCUUGUCCGCGUCGGCAUGUCCAUUGGCCACAGCCCCAACAGGCCAGCUCACGUCCCAGACAUGCGCAAAAGCAACCCUACCAGUGAAGAGAAGCAGGAUGCCAAGCGCCGUAUUGAAGGUAGCUUGGCACCUGCAGGCGUCAAAGGACCUAUGCCUGGCGCUGGCAUGUAG